AUGUAUGAAACGAGUAAGCGGUAUAGUUGUGGUAUUCUUGGAUGUCUGGGACGCAUGUUCUUUUCUUUAAAUAAUGAUGAAUGUUUUAAUUUAUCACAAAAAUGUACAUCUUCAAAUAUUUCUUCAGAGUUAUUUGAAGAAAUCAAAUUAGCAACAAAACAACUUUAUGAUAAUUUUAUUUAUUCUGGAGAAAAUAAAAGUCAUUUAAUUUUUACAAAAUGUUUAAUUGAAAAAUUUGAAAAUUAUUUUUUUGGCAAAACUCAAAAUGAUGAAAAUUUAAAAAAUUUGGAAAAUUUAAUUGAAGGAGUUUACCAAGAGGUUUAUCAAUUUCUUCAAUACAAUUAUGUUAUUCCUUUUUAUCAAUCAGAAAAUUAUUUGGGAUUUCUUUGUGGUGCCCCUCCAGAAUUUGAUGAAUUAAUUAGAGGAAUUGAAGAAUCUUAUGAUGAUGAGGAGAAAUUUCCAAAAGUUUUGGAUUCGUCUUUUUCUCUUUCACAAUUUAGGAAGAAACUAUUUAAUUUUAUUGCUCCGUCAAAUCAAGUUGUUUCAACCCAAAAUUCUUCCUCUUCCCCAUUUUAUCCCUCAUAUUCAACGUCUGAUUUGGAAGGAUUUGAUAAAGAUGAGAUUAUUAUAAAUAAUAUGGUUGGUGGAGAAUAUUAUGAAGGAAAUGGAGAAAAUGCUACAAUUGCAAUGAGUGAUAUGGGAAGAAAUUUAAAUAAAUGGAAUGUUAAUAUUGUUGGAAUUGAACAACGUGGAGGUGAUGGAAUUGUUAAUCCAUAUUUCGUUUUCAAUAUAUUUGUUGAAAGAAAUGAUUUAUCUGAUGACCAAAUGUUAAAUUCCCAAAUUUCUUUAACUGAAGAACAUGUCGAAGAAGAAGAUGAAUUUAUUGAAAAAUUGCUAAAAACAUGGAAUGUUGGGCAUAAAUAUUUGGAAUUUUAUGCUUUAGAAGACAAAAUUAAAGAUUAUUAUGGAACUUCAAUAAAAAAUAUAUUGUCAUUACCUGAUAGAAAAACAACUUUACAAUUAUUGCGGAUUGGUAGAAAUAAUAGAACUUUAAUGGAAUCACAUAAAAUUUAUUUUGAACGUUUUUUACAACAAUUAGUUCAACAGCCAUUACUUAAACGUUCUGAUCUUUUAUAUUUAUUUUUAACAUCUGAAGAAGAUUCUAGUGGAUUUUUUUCGCCUUUGACAGAAAUUAAUGAUUCAAUAACUACUAGCAGUAUUUUAUCAGAUUUAAAUCCAAUUAAAGCAAUGAGGAAAGCAGCAAAAGAGAGAGGACAAAAUUUGAAGCCUUUUAUUUUAAAUUUAUUAGCAAAUGUAUUAGCCCCUCCAACUUCAACAUCAAAUAAAAAUUUUGUUUCCAAUUCUUCACGUUUGUCAGCAACACAAAGACAACAUUUCUCAAAUUCUCCAUCCUUGGAAUCUACAAAAUCUUCGUUUAAUUUAAUGAUGAAAAAAUUUGUUUUGGAAGAAGAAGUGAAUAAUGCUGAGAAAAAGUCAAACAGUGACAACUUGAAAAAACGCCAAAAUCCUUUUAAUAAAAAUUGUGGAUCAAGAAAUUCACCUGUUAAUAUAAUGGAAAGUACUAAUGAACAAAUUGACGAGAAUAUUUGGAAUAAUAAAUAUAGCCUAAAAAGAAAUUUAUAUGAAAUUUGCCUAUUUUUAUUUACAACAUUGGGAUUUGUUAAUUUACCAAUUUGGUUUGAAGCUUUUCUAUGUUCUCUUCAUAAAUUUAUUGGAUAUUUAUUUUCGCUCUUUUUUAGUAGAAAAAUUGAAAAAAUUUUGAAAGAAAAUUUAUUAAAUGUUAAUACAGCAACUAAUUUAGGUAAAUUUAAAUUAAUUUUUGAUCUAGUUUAG